CACUGCUCUAACGGCGUCUAACUGCAAUACGCUCAUCAUUUGCCCGGCGCUGCCGACGAGAAGGGGUCCUCCGCCGCCGCUGUUCCUCCACCUCCAUGGCGACCCCGAGGCCCCGAAUCCGCGCCGUUCCCCUCCGCCCGCUGCUCGUCUUCCUCCUCGUCCCUCUCAUCUACUCCGUGUCCAGGCUGCACCCGUUGUCUCCGGAGAAGGGCGUGUGCCUGCCACCUCCCACCGCGCCGAAGCGUCCUGACCACCUCGUGCUCGGGCCCGCCGCCGGACAGGGCCGCCACGACCGCCUCCAGUGCCACGGACUUACAGCUCUGAAUAAUAUUGGCAUAUCAAGUGACGGGAACUAUUCUGGAGAACAUAUUUCUUUUGUUACUGUAUUCACAACCUAUGGUUCCAUCCCAGAUGGAGAUGGCAAAGUUCCAUCUGACACUGUAACUGUCGGAAACCAUUCUUAUAGCAAGAUCGAAAGGUCCAUGGCCAUUCUGAACACUUUCACCAAUUUCAUAAAGGUAUCAAUGCCAAGAAGCAAUGUGAUCAUAUUGACUGAUCCUGAUUCGAAAUUUUCAGUAAAUCAAGGGAGUGCUACACUAUUGCCUAUUGAAGGAAAUUAUUCUCGGGGAAAUCUGAUGCUUCAAAGAAUCAAGUCCUACAUUGCAUUUCUGGAACAAAAGCUUGUGGAAUUUGAUAGGGUUGAAGGGUUCAAUCAUUUUGUUUUAACUGAUUCUGAUAUAGCAGUAGUUGACGAUCUUGGACAUAUAUUCAAAAAAUAUCCCCAUUGUCAUCUGGCUCUUACCUUUCGUAACAACAAAGGUCAACCUUUGAACUCUGGGUUUGUUGCAAUAAGAGGCACGAGGGAUGGCAUCACUAAAGCAGUGGAAUUCUUCAAACAAGUCCUUGAAGCUUACAGCUUAAAAUAUAUGAAGGCUUCUAGAAUGCUUGGCGACCAAUUAGCAUUGGCAUGGGUUGUGAAGUCUCAUCUACCAUCGGCUUUAAGAAAAUUCCCUAAGCAUGAAGCAUUUACAGGUGAAGUUAAUGGAGCAUCUGUUCUCUUCUUGCCUUGUGGUGUUUAUAACUGGACUCCACCUGAGGGUGCUGGACAGUUUCAUGGUAUGCCCUUGGAUGUUAAGGUUGUCCAUUUCAAAGGUUCAAGGAAACGUUUGAUGCUUGAGGCAUGGAAUUUCUACAACUCAACCUCUAAGUUAUCUGAUAUGAUGUGCCUAAUCUUGAGAAGCGGAAGGACAAAAUAUGACUUCUAACGUUUGGUUCAAAUUUAGCACGUGAAUUAACACACAUGGUAUCUCUCUCUCUCUCUACAAAGCUGACUGCUGCACCUUGUCCUUCAGUGUGAAGUGCUUUGCUGAGAAGUUUCUUUUCCUUACAGUUGAUCCUAGUAUCCUGCUCAAAGACGGUGUUGUAUGUUCCUCAACUAGUAUGUGCAGUCCACACACAGAACCAUACCCAAAUCGUUGAGCAUGACACGACAAAAGUGAUUCACAAGUGACCGCAAGCAUUCAUAUUGGAGUACAAUGGAAGAGUUUCAUUCUGAAUGUAACGAUGAUAUGUUCAUCUACUUGCAGGGGAUGUAAAAUUGACGUUAAACUGCGUAUAGCACCUUAGGACCCAUACUGAAUGUAACGCCAAAAAGCUAUAGCAGGGUUACCAUGUAGGAGUCAUCUUUGUUCUUUGGUGCAUUCUUGUCCGUAGAACAUGAAUCAUAUGGUUCUCCACUUCCCCAUGACACUGUGAUUUUUUUUCACCAUUCCCAUCACAUUACACCAUAUCUUACUAUGUGAUUUUUUUUCACCAUCGGAAGUUACUAGUAAAAUUUGGUGCUGUUCCUGUAGUCCUA